AGAGAGAGAGAGAGAGAGAGAGAGAGAGAGAGAGAGAGAGAGAGAGAGAACGGCCGCUGGACUCCAUUAACGUGAAACACUCCAGGAGCUCGUCGCUGGACUUUGGUGAUUUUCCUCUUUUUCGGGACUGUUCCUCAUGAUAGGAUUAAAUACGCGGUCGAAGGAAAGAAAACGCGCAGACUGUUGAAGUUCUGGGAAGUGAAGUGGUGUUUUGUGGAUUUGUUUCGGCGUAUUUGUGAAGGAUGGCGUUGGACGGGAUCCGGAUGCCAGACGGCUGCUACGCAGACGGGACCUGGGAACUGAAGAUGAACGUGACGGACCUCAACAGGGACGUGUCCCUCAGAGUCACCGGGGAGAUCCACAUCGGCGGGGUGAUGCUCAAACUCGUGGAGAAACUCGACGUGAAGAAGGACUGGUCAGAUCACGCCCUGUGGUGGGAGAAGAAGAAGACCUGGCUGCUGAAGACCCAUUGGACGCUGGAUAAAUACGGCAUUCAGGCCGACGCCAGGCUUCUCUUCACCCCACAACACAAGCUUCUGCGACUUCAGCUUCCCAACAUGAAGCACAUGAGGGUGAAAGUCAACUUCUCUGACCGUGUCUUCAAGGCCGUGUCCGACAUCUGCAAAACCUUCAACAUCCGGCACCCCGAGGAGCUGUCCUUACUGCGCAAACCCCGCGACCCCAAGAAGAAGAAGAAGAAGCUGGAGGAGGCGGAGGAGGAGGCGCUGGAGCUGGAGGGACCUCUGCUCACCCCAGGAUCAGCCUCUGAGAUACUAUACAUUGGACCGGUAAAAGGGAGCAUCUAUUCUAGUCCCGGACUUUACAGCAAGACCAUGACGCCCACCUAUGACUCUCGGGACGGCAGCCCUCUGUCCCCCACCACGGCCUGGUUUGGAGACAGCCCCCUGUCCGAAGGCAAUCCCAGCAUCCUCGCUGUCAGCCAGCCCAUCACCUCACCAGACAUUCUGAUCAAGAUGUACAAACCACAGUCCCUCCUGGACAAGGCCAAGAUCAACCAGGGGUGGCUGGACUCCUCCAGAUCACUGAUGGAACAAGAUGUGAAGGAGAAUGAGGUUCUUCUGCUCCGGUUCAAGUAUCACAGCUUCUUUGACCUCAACCCAAAGUAUGACGCCAUCAGGGUGAACCAGCUCUACGAACAGGCCAAGUGGGCCAUCUUACUGGAGGAAAUCGAGUGCACCGAGGAAGAGAUGAUGAUGUUCGCCGCGCUCCAGUACCACAUCAACAAGCUGUCCAUCAUGUCCUCAGACAAUCACAUGAACAACAGUGAGAAGGAGGUGGACGAGGUUGAUGCCGCUCUCUCGGACCUGGAGAUCACCUUAGAGGGAGGAAAGACGUCCAACACGCUGGGUGACAUCACAUCCAUUCCUGAACUGGCCGACCAUGUAAAAGUCUUCAAACCAAAGAAACUCACUCUGAAAGGAUACAAGCAGUACUGGUGCACGUUCAAGGACAUCACCAUCUCCUGCUAUAAGAGCCGCGAGGAGGCGCACGGCACGCCAGCGCUCCAGAUGAACCUGAGAGGCUGCGAAGUCACACCAGAUGUGAACAUCUCUGCUCAGAAAUUCAACAUCAAGUUGCUAAUUCCUGUAGCAGAUGGUAUGAAUGAGAUCUGGCUGCGGUGUGACAUUGAGAAGCAGUACGCUCAGUGGAUGGCAGCGUGUCGUUUGGCCUCUAAGGGGAAGACGAUGGCUGAUAGUUCCUACAACCUGGAGGUCCAGAACAUCCUGUCCUUCCUGAAGAUGCAGCACAUGAAUCCUGAUCCUCAGAUCAUAGAGCCCAUCACCACCGACAUCAACCCUGAGUGUCUGGUGUCUCCACGAUACCUGAAGAAAUACAAGAACAAGCAGCCUGGCUUUGUCAGGGACUUGAUUUCCGCCCGUAUUCUGGAAGCUCAUCAGAAUGUGGCCCAGAUGAGCCUCAUUGAGGCCAAGAUGCGCUUCAUACAGGCAUGGCAGUCCUUGCCAGAGUUUGGAAUGACCCAUUUUCUUGCCAAGUUUCAGGGUGGCAAGAAAGAUGAGCUGAUUGGCAUCACCUACAACAGACUGAUCCGUAUGGACGCCAGCACAGGAGACGCCAUCAAGACCUGGCGCUUCAGCAACAUGAAACAGUGGAACGUCAACUGGGAGAUUAAGAUGGUGACGGUGGAGUUUGCGGACGAGCCCAGCCUGGCCUUCAUCUGUGCCGAGGUGGACUGUAAAGUGGUGCACGAGUUCAUCGGCGGAUACAUCUUCCUGUCCACGCGUGCCAAAGACCAGAACGAGUCUCUGGACGAGGAGAUGUUCUACAAGCUGACCAGCGGCUGGGUCUGAGAGUCAUCGAAAACUGAAACUUUCCUUUUUUAUCAUUUCCGUUUAAAACACUAGCAGAAGCGCCGAGUCCGUGGAGAACCCGCUGCUUCCCCGUCGAGAUGAAGCAUUAACAUAGCCAUGACCCUUCACCCCUGAGUAGAAAUAGGCCCAUUAUUUAUUUGUCACUAAUUUGCGUUGCGUCUCUCCGGGUAAUUGUUGAAUGUUGAUGAUAGUUGUGUCACAUUAAUGUGAUGUUAUGGAGACGCUAGAGAAGGAUCCGCUACGCUAGCUUUAACGUCGCUGCUUCUGAACGCUCCGCUUCUAGCGUGAGGUGAGCGUCUCUGCAUCCAUAAGCUGAAGUUUGAACAAUGAUAUUUUUUUACACUACAAAGAAGGAGAGUCGGCCAUUUUCUGUAGCAAUCAUAGGACAACAUUAUGAAUCUGCUUUUGAAGCUCGUUGAUUUCCCACUGUUGGAAAUUUCUUUUUAUUAUUAUUAUUAUUUUCCUGUUAUUUUAUUCAUCACUCUUUAUUGUGAACCAGUAUAGUAUUAUUCAAAAGUAUUUCUUUAAUACCCACCAGCGAUAGGUCACAAACCAUGCGUUUUUUUUUUUUAUUAUUUCUUUCCAAAAUGAAGGAUUGUUAAAUGAAGUAUUAGAUUUGUUUUGUAUCUAAUGUAUAAAAAAACACAGGUUUUAAAAAAGAAAUUGUACAGUUAUUUUUUUGCUGCUUUUUUCUGUCAUUUUUUGGAAGUGUAUAUUUUCCAGAAGAGAGGGAAAAAAAGCCAUUUUUUUUUUUGACAUCUGAGGAUUGGUGGUGCCUGUCGAUAUCAAGGACUCUUAGAAACAUAUAUAGAAGUGCGUAUGAAGAAGAUGAGUAAGAUCAUGUAGAUGAAGCCAUUCGUUACGCCUCCGGUGCUGCCUUAACUGAUCAUAUCCACACUCGUUUAUUCUGCCUUCCUCAACACUACACAGUAAUGAAGGCCGGCAGAAGCGCUAUCACUUCCUGUCAGUAUUUUCUCCUAAUGUUUCCCGUAUGAAGGAGGUUUCACAGCCAGAAUGAAGGUUAUUAUUAAUGUUUUGUGUUUAUUUGGUUUUGUUUUCUCAGAUGCCAGCAGUGUGUUGCAUGGCCUGCUGUUUUAAGAUUGUAAAAAUGCCAUUUACCUGACAAAUAAAUAAAUAAAAUCAUUUUUAUUUAAAAUCUUA